AACUCACAAUGGAGGCAUGGCUCCUGCUCCUCGCCUGCCUCCUCACCCCCUUCGUCGUCCUCCUGAUCGCGCAUCGUGGCGCGGGUAAAGCCAAGAAUGGCAGCCGCAUCCCGCCGGGACCCUUGGCCCUGCCGGUGCUCGGCAGCCUGCUGUGGCUGAGGCACUCCUCGGCCGACCUUGAGCCCCUCCUCACGCGCCUCUUCGCGCGGCACGGCCCCGUCGUGUCGCUGCGCGCCGGAUCCCGCCUCUCCAUCUACGUGGCCGACCGGCGCGUGGCCCACGCAGCCCUGGUGGAGCGAGGCGCCGCGCUGGCCGACCGCCCGCCGGCCACGCGAGCUCUCCUCGGCGAGAGCGACAACACCAUCUCGCGCGCCAACUAUGGUCCCGCGUGGCGCCUCCUGCGGCGCAACCUCGUCUCCGAGACGCUGCACCCGUCGCGCGUCCGCCUCUUCGCGCCCGCGCGCUCCUGGGUGCGCGGCGUGCUCGCGGACAAGCUGCUGCGGGAGUCCGAGCAGGCGCCGCCCCGCGGGGUCAUGGUCGUGGAAGCUUUCCGGUACGCCAUGUUCUGCCUCCUCGUGCUCAUGUGCUUUGGAGAGAGGCUCGACGAGGCCGCGGUGCGGGCGAUCGGCGCCGCGCAGCGCGACUGGCUCAUGUACGUCGCGCGCAAGACGAGCGUCUUCCUGUUCUGGCCGGCAGUCACCAAGCACCUCUUCCGCGGCCGUCUCAAGAUGGGAUUCGCCCUGCGGCGGCGGCAGAAGGAGCUCUUCCUGCCGCUGAUUGAGGCUCGGCGAGCGCGCAAGGAUCGGAUCAGCCGAGGCGCCGGCGCAGCCGCCGCGCUGAAGGCUGACACGACGUUCGAGCACUCGUACGUGGACACCCUCCUCGACAUCAAGCUCCCCGACGAGGGGGGCCGAGCGCUCACCGACGACGAGAUGGCCAACCUUUGCUCCGAGUUCCUCACCGCCGGCACCGACGCAACUACCACCGCGCUGCAGUGGAUCAUGGCCGAGCUGGUCAAGAACCCGCGCAUCCAAGAAAAUCUUUACAACGAGAUCAAAGCGACGACGACUGGACCAGAGGAGGUCACCGAGGAGGAGGUGAACAAGAUGCCGUACCUCAAGGCCGUCGUCUUGGAGGGACUGCGCAAGCACCCACCGGGGCACUUCGUGUUGGCGCACAAGGCGGCGGAGGACAUCGAGAUCAGCGGGUACCUGUUCCCCAAGGGCGCCACGGUGAACUUCAUGGUUGCCGACAUGGGCAGGGACGAGCGAGAGUGGCAGAAGCCGACCGAGUUUGUGCCGGAGCGUUUCUUGCCGGGUGGCGACGGUGAGGGGGUGGACGUGACCGGCAGCAGGGAGCUAAGGAUGAUGCCGUUCGGCGUAGGGAGGAGGAUCUGCGCCGGGCUCGGCAUCGCCAUGCUGCACCUGGAGUACUUCGUGGCCGUUUUGGUCAAGGAGUUCGAGUGGAAGGAGGUUCCAGGUGACGAGGUGGACCUCGCCGAGAAGACGGAGUUCUCUGUAGUCAUGGCCAAGCCGCUCCGCGCACGGCUGGUGCCCAGGGGACAAUAAUAACACGACAUUUGCUCCGGUGUCCCCCCCCCCUCUCCGAACUUGGGCUAUUAUGGAUGGUCAGGAUCUCAAGAUACCCCUUCGUGGCUAAUUUAGAAUGAAAUCCACAUAACUCCCAGAUGUUUUAUGUUUUAGACACACCACCCCCUUAAGUUAAAAUUGACACACUUGACUCGUUCAACUUCCCAAAACCAUGUAAUUGACCUCUAACUCUGAUAAGCAAUUUUGAACAGCGGUAUUUCUAAUGUGGCCGAGGGGAUUGCUCCAGGGUGACGUCAUGGAGCUCAUCUACCGCAUCAUCCAUGGUAGCGAGUCCACGAGAACCCCUCGCAAGAAGUCCUACCUCGAUGCAGCCACCGGUGGCUGACUCCGCAGCUCCAAUCCUGAAGGAGAAGUUCCCAUGUCCUCCCUUGACAUUCCCAUGGCACUCCUCAGUUGUUCCCUAUGGCCUCGAUGCACGCUGCUCCAGCUACUCCAGCAGCUGUGCCUGGCAAGCCUACUUGCAUCGAGACGCUGCAGUCGACCCGCUCUGAAGUCCUUGUCGUGGGCGUGGCAAGCACCAGACAAGUAGCAGCGAGUGGCACGCCUGGGUGCAUGGUGUGGGAGGCAGCUAGCCCACACUGCAUGGCAUCUUGAUGAUCAACCAGAUCCGCGUAUGUAUCAGAUGCUAGCUAGCAAGUCCACGGAUCAGCUACUUGCAACAAACACACGCAUACAUGGUUUUAGGAUAAUAAGGGGAUUAAAUCUUCCGCCUUUAAGUUGAGGGGGUGCUGUGUCUAAAUCUUCAAACGCCUGAGGGUUAUCUGGGCUUUUUUGCUAACUUACCCCUUCAACGAGAGGGGGGGACACCGGAGCACAC